AUGCCUGCUGCUUUGGUCGUGGUACCGCUCAAGCCCGGUUCCGAUGGGGAUUACACGCAUAAGCCCCCCGACAACUCGACCUGGACCCUCAUUGAUCCGCCGACUCUGUAUCUGGAGCGCAUUGGCCUGCAAUGGAUGCAAGAUCGGGGUGAGGCCAAAUCGGGAGUCAAGUACAUCCUUGAACGACUGCCCGUGGGCUACACGCUGCAGGAACGUCCUCGCGCAAGUGGAAUCAAAGACAAGUACCUCUUCGGCCAUCCUGAUCAUAAGCAAUUCGAUUCACCCAAUCGUUUCUACCCACAUUUCAAGCACAUGAUGGAGCACGAUGGCAAUACCAUGGGCUGCCCAUGUACCGUCUGUAACCCACGUGGCGGUGUGCUUCCCGGUAGGCCACCAUCGACCAGCGGUUACUUUAACAAGAGCAAUUCUACCAAGGGUGAUUCAAGCCCUUCAAGCUCGGCAAGAGUCAGCGGCGCGAACUCAAGGUCCGGCCGUGGCACAGAUCUCAAGAAACCAAUCACCACGUUCCAAGCAGGCCCUAUGAAUGGUCAUCCCGCCAAAGUGCUAUACAAACCCAUGUGUCACCCAAACGUGACGCUCGCCGGUAUGGACACCUCUCGCGUUGAUGAAGACGGUACACCAGACGUAUAUCGUAACCUCAUUGACAAACUCAAGCGUCUCGGCACGUUGGACGAGACUAUCAAAGAACCUCUAAGUCUUGAGUGGCGUGCUGAGCAAGAAGUUAUUCCAGACCUAUUGAAAAAGGUACGUCGGGACCCGCAGUGGAUACCUCGUGUGGGCGACAUACUUCUUUACGUCCGAAACGUACUCGAAGGCUGCGAGAUUGCACAAGAUCCUCAGACAUGCGAAUAUCAUGUCUACGAUCCCAACACCCACAAGUUCGUCAAGCAGGCUGUGUGGGAGGUAGGCAUUGUUGGUCAAGCUCCCGCAGAACCUGCAGAGGAUGGUAAGAGCGAUUGGUAUGUGAGUCGAACGGGCGUUCGCGUGGAGCCAGUACCGAACCCCAAUGAAACUAACAAGUCUUUGUCAAAACGUUACACAUAUGUUCCCAUAGAACAUACGCGUCCAUUCUGUCUGUGGGAGGCUUACGUUGGGUACAUUCCGCGAGAUGAGCGGCAUCCGACUAUCCAGAAUGCAUUUACCGUCUCGGCUACAAUGUCUCUGGUGGGCAAGCACCGCUUUCACGGCAAGUGGCCAGAUGCUCAGAUCUACUGUCACGCUAUAUACGUUGGGUCAGAGCUGAUUGCAGUGGGUGAUACCGUUCGUCUUGCACCGAAAGCUGGCGAUGAGGACAAUGCUGUUACAGAUGUCCUUGUCGUGAAGACAGUUAGGCUGAAGCUUUCUAAUCUCGAUAAUGCCUCUUCCAACGAUUACGACGAAGGACGACACUACAAUUCCGAGAUAUGGAUCUAUGGCUCAGCAUAUACCACAGUAGCUUCACGCUCAAGCAAAGAAUGGCUAAGUGAGCAGAACGCAGAGAUACCAAAAUCAGCGUCUGGGUAUGGCAGUUGGUACCCACUGCAUCCGGCUACAAAAGAGCUUGCGGUGCCGUUUUCCCGUAUCGUGGGUCGCUUGUACGAACAUAACGCUUUGGAAUCCUGGGUUCCAGAUCCGAAUCCAGAUAGCGGCCGUAAUGGAGUUCUUGACGCGCGGCAUUUUGCUUCAAAAAACGAUAAGAGGAUUGUGUCCAAUCUUGGUACUACCUGGUACUGGGCGGAUAGUCGUGCUGACGCCUUGGACUUACAAACCAUCAAUGGAUUCGAUGUUGGCAAGCAUGAUAUAGAGCGCGAUCCGAAAGAAUGGAGAAAGAGUAUCAAGAUAAUGGAAGCAGGAGCUGCAGUGUCCGAUCGCGAGCCAGCGCCUCCCAUGCGCAGUCUCCGGGGGUUCAUGGCACCAAGCACGCAGCAUCAAGGUGAAGAGAGCAGUUCAUCAGGAAGCUCAGCGACAAUUGGCAGCAAAAGACAUGCCAUUAUGGUUAGCGACGAUGAAGAAGAAGUUCGACGACAAACCCGCAUUGUCACCAACGUCCCCUACAAGAAGUCAAAAAUACAGGUUGUCGUCGACUAG